AUGGCAAAUUUCUCCUUGGCUAGUUUCACGAACACUUCGAACAUCACCGAUAGAGAAGCAGAUGUCCCAUUGGUGGUUGGUUCUAUAAUCCUAAUCAUCAUCAACACCAUCACUUUUCCCUGCACAGUUAUUCUCAACGUAUUUGUGAUCAAGGCUGUGAAAACGACGCCUCGACUUCGUAACAACAGCAACAUUUUGCUGGCCUGUUUAGCGGUGACUGACGCCUUUACUGGUCUCCUUUGCCAGCCAUUGAUUAUCCUGUGGACAAUAAUACUAUUACUCGGUCACAGUAUUAGUCAAACAGUUACAGAUUUCUGGUUCACAUUUGUUGCUGUUAUGCUAACAGCUUCAUUCUUUCAUGUGAUGUUGGUUACGUUCGAGAGACUCAUAGCCAUCAAAUUUACGAUGCAAUACUCAAACAUUGUCACUUAUAAUAACUUGAAGAUAGCAGUGCUAUCAGUUUGGAUCUUUGUUUUCAUCAAUGGAAUUUUAAGAAUGACUGUCUACAGAGUAGCCCAUUAUUUAACAGGCCUUAUUAUUAUUUCAAAUAUUCUUUUUCACGCCUUCACUUACCUUACCAUAUAUCGAGAGACACGUUGGCACCAAAAAAGGAUAGAAACUCAGCAGCUUCCCCAAGAUGAAGUAAAAAGGUUUGUCAAAGAGAACAAGGCGCUUAAGACAACUGUGUUUAUAGUUGGUGCUGUUAUUGUUUGCCUUCUGCCAGUUUGUUUCUGUUUUAUCGUAAAAGUUACAGGCCUCUAUGAGAUUUGCCCCAUCAACGCACGAUGGAUGUUAACAUGUGCCAUGUUAAACUCGCUUGUUAAUCCAUUGAUUUACUGCUGGAGACAAAAAGAAAUGAGAAAGGUCAUUUUUGGACUAAGAACCCACAUCGUGCAUGUAGAUAUCCAGUGA